CUGAUGCUGAUGCUGCUCGGCUGGCGCACAUCCACGGGGCUGCCGCUGCCGCCGAGCGCAAACAACAGCGCGCAGUGCGCAAGUCUCUUCAGGAGCCUCCUGCUGAGCGUCAAGGAGGUUCUCAAAAGCGAAGAUUUGUGUUUCAGCUUGAUCAAAUCCAGUGAGAUGCCACUGAGGAGCAGCGAGACGGUGCGGACCUGCAGUCCCGCCUCCACUCAGAGCUCCGGCUGCUCCACGCUGAUCAAUUCAUCCUUCAGUGAGAAUGAGUGUGUGAUGAACAUCAUGAGGGAUUUAGCCUACUACCGUACCGCUAUUGAAACCUACCUGAAGACCCCCCUCCACAGGCCUGAGACGGAAAUCCCACUUCUGAGUCCGACUCUGGGAAUCAUUCGGGACCUGAGGGAGAACUGCUCCCCGAAGGAAACAGGAGAGCACAACCCUUCUGAGGACGCACCCGGUCGCUGGGGAAACACCUCCUACGCGAACCGGCAGAAGAUGUGCAAGAUGAUGAGAGGCUUCCACGUUCGUGCCAUCACCAUCAACCGAGCCGUGGGCUACAUCUCCUCGGGGGACUUCAGGAAGUAG